AUGAGCGCGGUGAACAUCACCAACGUCACUGUGCUUGACAAUCCGGCUUUGUUUCUCGCACCUUUCCAGUUCGAGAUUUCUUAUGAGUGCUUGACCCCUCUCAAAGACGAUUUGGAAUGGAAGCUCAUCUAUGUGGGAUCUGCUGAGGAUGAGACUUAUGACCAACUAUUGGAAAGUGUACUUGUUGGGCCUGUCAAUGUUGGAAACUAUCGUUUUGUACUACAGGCAGAUCCUCCUGACCCAUCCAAGAUUCGUGAUGAAGACAUUAUUGGUGUGACAGUGCUUUUGUUGACCUGCUCUUAUCUUGGUCAGGAAUUUAUCCGAGUGGGCUACUAUGUUAACAAUGAUUAUGAUGAUGAACAGCUGCGAGAAGAACCUCCUCCAAAGGUCUUAAUUGAUAGGGUUCAAAGAAACAUUUUGUCUGAUAAACCCAGGGUCACAAAGUUCCCCAUCAAUUUCCACCCAGAGAAUACUGAGAAUGGAGAACAACCGCCACCUGAUCAGCCUAACGAGGCAGAUGGAAGCGGAGACUUGCUUGUUGCGCCUGUAAACCCUUCAGAGGAGCAAUGA